ACUCGCUGGGCGGAGCGGGGCGGAGCGGAGCGGGGCGGCCGCUCUUCAAGCCGGCCCGCGCAACGCGAGUCUCUUCCGGGCGGCAGGGCGGCGCGGAGCCGGCAGCGCGCGGGGCGCAAGUUUCUGAAGAUGUCAGCAGAUCUACCGUUAAAUAUUAAUAUCAAGGAGCCCCGAUGGGAUCAAAGCACUUUCAUUGGGCGAGCCACUCACUUCUUCACUGUAACAGACCCCCGAAAUAUUUUGUUAUCUGAUGCCCAGCUGGAAAGCGCAAGAAAAAUCGUGCAUGAUUACAGACAAGGUAUUGUAGCACCUGGAUUGACUGAAAAUGAACUGUGGAGAGCAAAGUAUAUCUAUGAUUCAGCCUUUCAUCCAGACACUGGUGAAAAGAUGGUCUUGAUUGGCCGAAUGUCAGCUCAGGUACCCAUGAACAUGACUAUCACAGGUUGUAUGAUGACCUUUUAUAGAACGACACCAGCAGUGGUUUUCUGGCAGUGGAUUAACCAGUCCUUCAAUGCUAUAGUAAAUUACACAAACAGGAGCGGUGAUGCCCCAAUUACAGUCAGCCAGCUGGGAACAGCCUAUGUUUCUGCUACCACAGGUGCUGUUGCGACAGCUUUAGGACUUAAUGCACUAACAAAGCAUGUCUCACCUCUUAUAGGACGGUUUGUUCCUUUUGCUGCUGUUGCUGCUGCUAACUGCAUUAAUAUUCCACUAAUGAGACAAAGGGAACUCAAGUUUGGAAUCCCCAUCACAGAUGAGAAUGGAAACAGACUGGGUGAAUCAACAAAAGCAGCUCAGCAGGCAAUUACUCAGGUGGUUAUAUCAAGGAUCCUCAUGGCUGCUCCUGGCAUGGCAAUUCCUCCCUUCAUAAUGAACACACUGGAAAAGAGAGCCUUUUUAAAGAUCAGCAAAAAUGAGUGAUUUCUUCAGUGACUGUUCAGUGGUCUUUGGUACCAUCAUGACCAUUCAUGCUCACCUGUUCCUCCCCCACAGCCUCAAAGACUGAGCAGAGGCGAAACACUGCUCUACAGGUCAUCAGUGGUAACACUUGGUAGAGAUUAGUAUUAAAGCCUUUAAGGAAUGAGCUGCAUUUCUAACAAGCAGCUUCUGCCUGUUCUCUCGAGGUUUCGGAAGCACCAUCCCAUUUGCAGUAUUCCAACACCAUCCACACAAGCUUUACUAACUCAUUUUUCUUAGUCUUUGCUUUGCACAUCAUCAGCACUCUUGGAAAAAACUUCUUGUAAGCUUGCCAAAGCCUAUUAAAGCAACAUGCAGGGCCAGGAAAGUCAAAAGGCUGUUAAAUGAUGAGGAACAUACAGCAAUGCUCUCCAGUAAGGUAGAGGUGAUUACUGCUGGUCUCAGUGAUGGCAGUGGGUCAUCCUUUGAUCUUUAAAAUAAGAUGUAGGGUCUGUAGUAUUAUUCAUUUCCAUUUUCUGACGUGGUUUUGCAUUUCAGUUAUAGCACUAAUAUAGCUUACAGUAUUCCCAAAAAUUAUUGCUAGAAAAUGAUUUAAAAAUGUUUUUAAAAUACAAACAUGUACUUGCUGGUUAAAGAAAUCCUAAUUCUUGACCAGAAAACUCCUAAAAAUUUGGUUUUACAUACACACUCCUUUUGCCUUUGAUUUCUGCAGUUGCUUUAACUGCAUUUUGAGGAAUUAAGCAAUGCAGUGACUCUCGAUGAUGAGGCUGUAUGCUGCACUUAUUGACUAGCUCCAUGUGGAACCAAAUCAUUGCUACAUUUGCUGCAGCAAAAGGACCCAUAAGCAACCUUGCUCUAAGGGACAGGGUUUACAGAUUUGUUUAGUCUCAGAUAACCUUUCCCCAUGGGAAAUAAAACAUUUAUCUCAUAAAAAUGUCUGAAAAUCCCAAGGGAAACUGAAGCUUUAAUUGAUUUUGCCACUCUCACAUCUUUGGGGACUGUUUCUCUCUGGUUCUGCAUACUGUAUUGACUUCAGAAACUUCAAGUCUCUUAGUCUGUAACUAAAAUACAUAUUCAGAGCUCUUAGAAAACUAGAACAGCCUUUUUUUCUUUUAAAUAUCAUUCUUGAAUGUCUUACACCAUAGCUCAUUCCAUGCUUUCCUUCUUUAGCUGUUGUUUCAUGUAGUGAUGCUCCUUCAGAACAGUCAUAGCUACCCUGAGAGAGCUGACACCGUUGGAGAUCUCACAGUAGAAGCAGCAGAAAAAACUGAUUUUUCUUUUUGGCUUUUGUUUGCUUGCUCCAUUUCUCCAUUUUGUUUGCUAUCAUUUCUCUACUUUCUCUUUGCACUAACUGCCAAAGAUGCCUUGCAGUCAUCUGGAAUUUAAAUCCUAAUUCAUCUGAAAUUGCCUCCUUCCCUGUUUAAAUACAUCUUCUAACAGAAUAAAUUCUUUUGCUGUCUUGUACUUCUCUGUUUUCUCUUUAUAAGGAUGUGCAGCCUGCAUUUGAGACUGGCUUUAUUAUUUUAAAUCGUUCUCUAGGCAGCCGUUGACCUUCUAGUAUCAGUGUUUCACCUUAUUUUUACCUUACCAUUGUUCUUAAUUAGUGCCAUCUGGAAAAACUCUUGAAAAAGAAAAGCUAUAAUUCAGAUCAGGCACCUUGGCAAAAUGUGUUCCAGCAAAUGAAAUGGGUGUCAGUACUGUCUGUGUUCAUAGGCUUUUUUUCACAAUAAUGACCAGCUCAGGUGAAAGCUUGAAACCAAAAUCAGGACGCCCUUAAAGUCUCUUUGGUUAUAGAAGUGUUUGGGGCAUUUCUUUAUUUCUUUCACACAUCUUGCAGUGCAGUUCUCAGCAUCCCUCUCCUUUAAUUCUCCCUGUAUGAAGGAGCCAGUUACCUUACCGAGUUUUUGUGUUCCCAACUAAAGGUAGAAUGAUGACUUCAAUCUUCCCCUGUCAGCCUGGAGUCUCUUGCCAUUGGAACUCUCCCACUAUAUAAAAUUUAAAGUAUUUUGAGUAGUUCAUUUCAAGUGAGAGUCAAAGGUUUAUUUAGUGCGUUGUCAGAACAAUGGAGCACAGCUGAAUUCAGUCUUUACCCUUCUUACUGUUGCUUUUUCUUUUACUACCUAUUGUUGCAGUUUAUUGCUGAAUUGUGAAGUUCUUUCUGCAUUCGUUUCUGGAUUACAGAUUAACACCAGAAAGAAGGAAAAAAAGAGGAUCAGUGUAUUCUACAUCAUUUCCUCUUUCUCUCAGACUCUGGAGAAAGCUUCGUACCCAGGCUUGCUUACCACUGCUUAGACCUUACUUAGCACCAGCUUUAUCACACUGAGCUUUCUAAAUUUCAUCCUUCUAUCUCACCUGUCAGAUGCUGCCUGUCUUUUGUUCGCUGGUUUCCCCUGUAACUUCUACAUCUUGAAUAAUGCCCCUUGCAGGAGAACAUCUCCAUUGUUGAGAACAUCACCCACCAUAACACAUUCUUACUCAUUAGCUCAUUUGUUUAAAAAUCAGCUUCUUAUCAUAGCAUUUGUGGCAUACAUUCUGCUUAUUAAAGACAGUAUUUAAUUUUACAGUAUGAUUUUACAGUAACAAAACAAAACGUAGAAACUGUAUUUGAAGAGAUUUGGUUUUAUUCCAUUAGCAAUUUCAACUAGAAUUCUAACCUGGGCUAGGGGAGGGAUUUCUUGAACCAUUCAAAGACCUACAAGAAAACUGUGUCCUUUCUUGGUUUACAUGCAAGAGUAAAAACACUAAAGGGUAUGCUAUUAAAAAAAAGGUCUGCAUUAUGGGGUGCUUUCUCAGCUUUGUCCCCAGUCCCUCUAUUUUUUUUCCUUAACAAGAGAUGAACACUUGCAGAACAUGGCUGUAUGAGGCUGGGUGCUUAACAGUUAAAUUCCCACGCAUCAUAUCGUAACGUAUCAUAAGACAGGAGGAAGGGCAAUCAGUUCCUUGAUAAUUCCCUCAUUUUUGGUCGGCAGGUGCAAUGGGUUGUUGCCCACAAGGCAGAGUGGCAGUUGUGAGUUAAAGCCAGUUGAUGGUGUGGAGGAGAGAGCGACAGCCAAACUCCCUGUGCCCUCAGGUCUGCCAGCACGUUCCACCAGCGCCACUCGACUUGCUAGCUACUGUGGGCUUAAAUGACUCACAGAGGUUCAGGUCAGGAUCAGUUCAAAAGUAAAACAGUUGGUCACCUACUGUAGUUUCUAAGGGAUGCUCAGAAUAAGUGUAAGCUGAUAUCACUGAGAGCUUUCUUGCUAGUUGAAAGAGGUUGGGAUAAGGCUUUCAAGCCAUAGCUCAAGGUUAAGGUAUGCUGGUAAUCGUUUUCCUUUUGUCAUGUAAAACAGACUUUUAGGUGCAGGUUGUCCCUUCCAGUGCAAGUUUCCAAGGUGGGAAGAGGAAUAAAAGAUAGCAUACUCAGUGUUAUAUUUUACUUU